AUGCUCUCCACGAUUCCACAUCAAAUCAUCACUCAGCAAGCGGAGAACACCACUGUAACUUGGCCUGUCAUCCCCAUUGCAUUGAGGAGUAAGAGGAGGAACUACAACAGGCAAAUGCGGAGAACACUGCGGAGAAACCAAGCGGCAACAAGGCCACCAUCGUCAAGAACACGGCUCAGCUCUCCAAGAUCCCACGUCAUAUGCUCUCCACGGUUCCACAUCAAAUCAUCACUCAGCAAGCGGAGAACACCACUGCAACUUGGCCGUUCCACAUCAAAUCAUCACUCAGCAAGCGGAGAACACCACUGCAACUUGGCCUGUUAUCCCCACUACAUUGAGGAGCAAGAGGAGGAACUACAACAGGUAAAUGCGGAGAACACUGCGGAGAAACCAAGCGGCAACAAGGCCACCAUCGUCAAGAACACGGCUCAGCUCUCCAAGAUCCCACGUCAUAUGCUCUCCACGGUUCCACAUCAAAUCAUCACUCAGCAAGCGGAGAACACCACUGCAACUUGGCCGUUCCACAUCAAAUCAUCACUCAGCAAGCGGAGAACACCACUGUAA